CCUAAAGUUUACAAACUGUGAAAUCGAAAGUGAAAGUCGUUUUGUGUCUACAGGAUAAUGACGAUCAUUGACUAUCUUGUUCCGUGUGGUAAUAUACAAUGAAAUACAGAUCCAUGUGAAACCAAGGUGACGUGAAAUGCUGAAAUUAACUGGGGAAAAAUAAUGUUAUGCAGAUGUUCUCAAAGUUAAGAAACAGACCUCAGGAAAAUCGUAAAAAGCUCAGUUAUGAACAUAAAGAUCCAAAUAUGCAUGAAUAGCUGUGAUGAACUUUGUUGAAGAAAUAAAGACAAAACUCUGUACAAAGUAUUAAUAAUCAGCUAAAUUAUCAUCAUGUCAACUAGAUUUACUCAAGAGGAGGAAAACUAUGUCAGAAUGAGCUUGCUACUGACGGGAAUAUCUCCUCGUGCAGCACGAGCUUUGUUUGAUCAGGAAUUUGUUCCAUCGUGCUUGAAUGCCACAAUAACGAAAGAGUACAACACACUGAUAGACCUUCAGAAGAGGCGAAUAAUUAACAAGCCACAGUGGAACCUGCUGUUCCCAAGACGUCCCGAUGUACCUGAUUCCAAAACAUUUGAUGUAACUCUAAUAAUAACGUUAAUUAGACAUCUGACUGAUCUGACUCCUCCUCAUGGUGGAUAUGACAAGUUACCAUCUGAUAAUGAAACGACACCAACCUCAGAUUUAGCCAGGAUAAAAUAUUACAGAAACAUAUUGGCUCACCUGGAUGAGGGGAAAAUAGACAACUCUACAUUCAAAACUACAUUCAGCACAGCAUGGGACAAUAUAGCUAAUAGGGCCGUUAAAAAUUUUAAUGGUGCCAAACCUUCUCCCUUUUUCUGA